AUGAGCGAUGAAAUCGCGCAGAUCAAACAAAGAUAUUCCCAACUGAAGCUUUGCAAAUUGGCCAGAGAUUUUCUCCAUGAGAUCGUCCUAAUCAUGCAUCAAGUCGCUUCGUAUCAUCGAAGAUUUCGAGAGGACAUCAUCAAAAGCGAUCGAAAAGGAUACACUGACGUAGCGUUCAAAAAUCUCAAAACUUUGCACCAACACAUGCGCCAACAUUUCCACAAACUUUCCCUCGUCUACUCUGCCAUCGACGAAGAAAACGCAGCCGCCCUUCAUAACGACCUGAAAUCUUCAAUAUCCUUUCUUCCCAAACAACCUCAAGAGCCAGCGCUAGAAUCAGAGCUCGAGAAAAAGCUGAGAUCAGAGCGCGACGAGCUCCUAAAAGUCCGAGACCAGAAAAACGCCCAAAUGCACGAUGCAAUCAAACUGAUGCGCUUGCUCAUGGGCGACUUGAAUGAACCAGACCUGUCGCCGCAAAAUACUCAAAAUCCAAAGCUUUGA